AGCAAUGACAGACGCAAAAAUAUCGUUCCCGUCUGUUCCAGAGCUUCGGACAAUGGUGGAAGCCUCGUCGUCAUUCCUCCCUGUCUCCCAAAAGAUGGCCCUCACAUCAUCGCUGUCGGCCAUUCAGGCCGCGCCUCUCGCCGCCGACUACGGCCUCCACCUCCUCAGCCACCCGUUGGCCAGCCAGUCACCAGACACACUUCAUUUUGCGCUCUCGUUCUCGCUUCCUGUCCUCGAAUCUGCCUUUGAGCUGCUCCUUACCGCCCUCGCAGCCGCCCCGGCUGCCGCCGGAGAGUGCGACCUUUUUUGGGUCACUCGCCCAUCACCUGCUGCUACUGCUGCUGCUUCGCCCUCGGCCGAGACCGCUCCUGAUCUACCCGCCGCCAUCGAUCCGGCCGCGGCUGCAGCUCUCGAUGGCAUUCCGUUUUUAACGACAAAGACUUGUGUCGUUCUCGCUGCUUUGGGAAAGGCGGCUUGGCCUCAUCGCCUUCCGGCCUUUCUCCCCACCGUCCUCCGCCUCGCGGCUGUUUCGCAUCAACCGCUUGCCGUCGUCGGCCUCAAGAUCCUGGUUGCCUUUGUGGAAGAGGUGACUGGCACGGCCCGCCAUCGCGACGUCUCAUCGGCUCGCCGAGCCGAGCUCGUGGCUGUUCUCGGUUCCUCGCUGCCCGACAUUCUCGCCGUCGUUCUGCGCGUUGUCGCCUCAGCGCCGACGCUCACCGCCCUUACUGACGACGCCGAGCAUGCCCUCCGGCUUGCUCUCACUAUCAUCAUCGAGCUCCUCUCCGGAACCACUGCAAAGCAGGUGGCGGGCGUGCUCAAAGCCUCGGACGUCUCGCUCAUUCUCCCGCUGGUUGCCCUCGGCAGCAGCGGCGGCUCGGGCCACGUCGCCCUCCUGGCCCUCCGCAUCUUGGCUCUCCUCAUGGAGGUGCCGUACAUGCCCGACGCUUUCGAGGACUACGUUCUUGCUGUCUUCUCGACCCUCGCCUCGCUCCUCUCAUCGCUCGCUGACGCCGAGGCCUCGCUCCAGCCGCGCAUCUGCUCGCUAGUCACCCACGUUGUCUCGCUCUUUGUCUCGUCGCACCUCGAGCGAGUGGCCUCGGCGUCGGCCGCCUCACGGCUCGAGUCGUUCUCACUCGCUCAGUGGCUCCACUUUGUGCUCGAGUACACGCGUGCCCUCCCAUCCGCCGAGCUCUACAUCCAAGUCCUCUCCGAGGUCUGGCUCCCCAUUGCCGAGUACCUCACCGGCCUCGCCGCGCUCGCCGAUGCCACCUCGCUCACCGCCCUGCUCUCGUCGGCCCGCGGUAGCGCGUCGGCCGCACUCGCCAACGAGUUUACGGCUGUUUACGCCGAGCUCGCCGAGGCCCUCCUCCACAACAUUGUCACCGCCCUCUCGUUCUCGAUGGAGGACAACAUGCUUGGCGCGCUCAAGGCCUCGGGUGAGUUUGAGGGCACGACCGGCAUCACGCUCGGCACCCUCCGAGCCGCAGCCAGUGCUGUCCUCGUCCCGCUUGCCGGUGUCUAUCCAGACACCGUCCUCGGCCUCCUCACCUCGGUCCUCCACUCGCACCUAGAGCGCAUCGAAGAUGUUGCCGCUACUGCGUCGGUUGCGACCGACCGCCACUCGCUGCACAUCCUCAACUGCACGCUCAAGGACGUGGCCAUGCUCGUUCAGCUCCUCACACCACUGGUCACCGUCUUUGUCGAGGAGUUUGCGGAGCGGAGCAAUGAUGCGGCCCAGGUUCUGGUCAUGACCCUCGAGCUGCUGGCGUGGGCCGCCAACGCCGGCGACGUCGCACGCCUUGCGCCAGGUCCGGUCGACGCGCUCCUGGUGGCCGACCUGAACUUUGUGCGUGCCUCGCUCGAGUGGGCCCGCAUGUACGCCGAGUCCGACCUUGGCCGCCGCGACGAGAUGCACGGCCUUGUUGGGACGCUUGUCGAAGCCGCAACAAGCCUGCUCGAUCCGGAUGCGCACUCGCCCGAGGUCCUUGACGCCGCCGUCGCCGUCCUCGCCGGGCUUGCCACCACGCUCCGGCUCCCAGGCCUUGUCCACCUCGAUACCUUUGCCGCCCUCGCAAGCUGGACCGUUACUGACAUGGCCGACUCGGAAAUGAGAUGUGAGACCCAGGCCAAGCUGGUCGGCGUCUUUGUGCUUGCUGCCGGCUGCGCCUACCCGUGGACGAGCGACGACGACCAGGACUGGGAAUUCCGGCUCGGCGCCGACGGUCCGCUGGUAGGCGUCCUGGGCGGUCUGGCGUCGGCGUUGCUGACGUCGCUGGACGAGCUCGAGUCGCACGCUCGAUGCAACGAUGGCGGUGGCGUCUCGCUCGCACGCCUCCUGGGCCGGGUCGCGCGCGAUGGCAUCGACAUGGGCGAGCUCGCGAGUCUGGCGCGCCGGCAAGUUGCCAGCAUUCUCGCACCUGUCCUCCUUCCGCUGGUGCGGGGCCUGUUUGCGCGCGCACUGAGCGCCGGCGAGCUUGACGAGGCCAGCUAUGCUGCGGAGGCCCUGCUUGCCAUCUUUGGCGCUAUCCGCGCCGAGGUCUCAGUUGAGCUGACCGAAGCGCUGGCGCAGACGCUAUUGAGCAUGGUCCAGAGCGUCGAGCUGGACGUGCUUGCGCGCGAGCACGACGCGCUUGUCGGUGCAGUCCUGGGCCUGUUCUCGCUCAUGGUCCAGGGCGCGCGCGACGAGUUUGCAAGCCUUCUGCCUGCCAUUGUCUCGUUUGCAGUCGGCUCGGGGCUGGGCGAGGCGUUGCCGCCGGCGUCGCCGACGGCCUCGGUUGUGCUCAAGCGCAAGUACCUGCGGCUGCUCUACGAGCUCGCCUUUUUCCACUCGAACUACUUGGUCUCGGCGGGAGAGAUGGAGGCUGUGGUCGGCGAGCUGGUGAGCCGACUGCGGGGCGAGAUCGACCUUGUGGCGGUCCGUGACUCGCUCAACUACCUGCGGAUUCUAGGUUCACCCGAGGGGCGGCUCUUUGCCGCUGAUUCGGCGCAGCCGUCGUUGCGGUGGAAAGUGCUUUCGGUCCUUGUCGCCAUCGGUGCACGCGAUGCGCUUGCCAUCGCCCGCGACGACAUGAGCUCGCUGGCUUGGACGGCAGCGGCACCGGUGCUCGACGAGUUCUACCACCAGUUUGUGCCUGCGCUUGUGGACGCUGGCUUUCCGGCAUCGGCCUCGCCGGCACUCACUGAUGCGGCGGCGCAGCUGCAGCGUGUCUGGUCGGGCACCACGUCCGAGGACGAGUUUGCUGACGAAUGGAACGGCUUUGUGGCUGACUUUGCAUACUUUUCUAAGCUCACCCAUGCCAAAGUCGGAGCAGACGGCGGGAGCGACGACGCUAAGGGUCUUGGCGUCGACGCGCUCUCGGUCUCGUUUGACAUGCCGCGGUACUGCGAUUGAGGUACCCGGGAAACGGGCUGGACAUUGAUCAACGGACCAGGUGCCCGCGGCAUGGUACGAGAGGGCGGACAAGCCAGUUGCUGCUCGCCACUCCACUCCUGCACACGAGUAGCGCUGCGUUUACUGCGGCCGACAG